AUGAUCCUGCCCUUCUCCCUCGGCGUGCUCGCCCUGGCGCUGCCCAGCUGGGCGGCGCCGUCGCUCGAGACGAGCAACGUGCGCCGUGCGGCGCGCAACUACUGCCAGCCGGGCCAGGCGUGCUGGCCGAGCAACGACGACUGGCUGCGCUUCAACAGCACGCUCAACGGCCGCCUCAUCGCCGUGCGCCCGUGGCCCGAGCCGUGCUUCGGGCAGCCGCGCCCCGACCCCGUGCAGUGCCAGCUCGUGCAGGCGCAGUACACCAACGGGCCUGCGCGCGCCGACCAGCCGGGCUACGCCGAGAUCGACAACUGGACGUACUGCUACGACGGCACGAGCGAGAGUGACUGCACCAUCAACGCCGACGUGCCGCAGCUCUCGCUGCUGGCGCCGCUGCGCACCUGCGGCGCCGGCCGCGUCUCGCCGUACGCCGUCAACGUCGGCAGUGCCGCUGACGUGCAGAAGGCCAUCGCCUUUGCCAAGGCGCGCAACAUCAAGAUCGUCGUCAAGAACACGGGCCACGACUACCUCGGCCGCAGCACGAGCCGCAACUCGCUCCUCAUCUGGACGCACAACCUGCGCAAGCUCGAGUACGUCGACAACUACAAGGGCAAGGGCAACGCCGUCGUCAUGGGCGCAGGCACGUACGCCACCGACGCCUACGACUUUGCAAACCGCAACGGCAAGAGCAUCACGCUCGGCGCCGUCGGGACCGUCGGCGUCGCCGGCGGCUUCGCCAUGGGCGGCGGCCACGGCCCGCUGGGCCCCAAGCGCGGCCUCGCCGUCGACAACAUCCUCGAGUUUGAGGUGACGACGGCCGACGGGCGCACGCGCCGCGUCAACUCGGGCAGCGACGCCGACCUCUUCUGGGCGAUGCGCGGCGGCGGCGGCGGCAGCUGGGGCGUCGUCACCGAGACGGUGAUCCGCGUGUACCCCGACGAGCCGUUCGUCGGCCUGCGCUACCUCGUCUCGACGACGGGCGCCGGCGUCAACCUCGACGCCGCGCUCGCCGGUGUCGUCGCCAAGUGGGCCGAGCUGCAGGAGGGCUGGACCAAGGCCGGCAUCGCCGCCUACCAGUUCAUCUACCGCGACACGAUCGUCGUCUCGAUGGGCCACCCCACGGGCGACCUGGCUGCCGCUCACGCGCAGAUGGACCCCAUCGUCGAGUACCUGCGCGCCGUGCCCGGCUUCGUCGUCGCCUCGGCCGAGUACACGCGCUACAACACGCUCAACGACUACCGCAACACGUUCAAGCCGGCCUCGGACUUCAUCACGCCCAUUGCCACCGCCCAGCGUCUCGCCUCGCGCCUGAUCCCCACGGAUGCCUUCAAGACGCCCGAGUCGCGCGCCAAGCUCGGCCGCGAUGUCAUUGCCUCGUACCGCGCCACCAUGUCGAACCUGCCGUCGUUCGCCACGCAGGCCGUGCGCCAGGUGCCGCUGCAGGUCUACUCGACGGGCGCGCUGCCCUCGUCGCUCGGCGGCCCCAGCGGCGCCGACACGGGCGUGAACCCGGCGUGGCGCAACUCCUUCUGGGAGGUCGUCGUCGCAAACGGCUGGACGACGCCGACGCCGCAGGCGUCGCGCAACGCCAUUGCCGACGCCGUGCACCAGGGCGGCAACAUCCUGCGCCAGUACGGCACGGGCACCUACGUCAACGAGGCCGACACGCAGGAGCAGGACUGGCAGACGGCCUUCUUCGGCAGCAACUACGCGCGCCUGCUCUCCAUCAAGCGCCGCUACGACCCCGAGGGCCGCUUCAUCGUGUGGAAGGGCGUCGGCUUCGACGGCAACGAGCAGGAGCAGUCGUUCCAGUGCUACAACAACGCCUGA